AUGCACAAUAAUGUAGGCUUAAAGAGAAAUCCGUCUGGGGGUGUCUGGUCUCUACGCAACCUGUCGAUCUCUGUCCCUCGUGCAGUACUCUCUGGCGAGGGCCAGUCAGCUGUUCUUCGAUGCUCCUACGAUUUAGAGGGUGCAGCCCUUUACUCCAUCAGGUGGUACCGGGCGGAGAUUGAGUUCUACAGAUACGUUCCGAGGGAGAUGCCUCCGUCCAUGAUAUUUCCGUUGCCUGGAGCUUCUGUUGACCUAGCACAAUCAGAUCACCAACAAGUACGGAUAGUGAAUCUCAACCGGCGACUCAGCGGUGAAUACCAAUGUGAAGUGUCUGCUGAUGCACCACUAUUCCACACAGACAUUCGAUCAGCGCCAUUGACUGUUGUUGAUCCACCAUUCCGCGCACCACGUCUUACUGUGUCGCAUAGAAGUUAUUCUCGCGGUGACGUCAUCAGAGCCAACUGUUCAGUGGACGAAGCCUAUCCAGCCCCCAAUAUCACCUGGAUUCUGGAUGACCAUAAGAUCGCUGAAACUAUCUCAUGGCGCACAUCUGACCUGGAUUUCAAAGAGCGUGGUGCGUUUAGCCACUUGGAGCUGACUAUUCUUGAAGCUGAGCAUUACAAGGUUGGUCUUACCUAUACGAGUGCGAGUCUGAACAGGAUCUACCAGGAUCAUUUCAUUUACGGAGGCAAUGAGGCGGAGGAUUUGAAUAUUGUAAGGUACACAAUGGUACCACCAGAGAGCGGCCAGUUCACCCUAGGUUGUGUGGCAACCAUCUUUGAUAUCUACGCGAGGCAGAGCGAACCAGUCUACAUCAAGGAGGACACACCACAUCCAGCUUCUGUCACUGGUGAAGAUUCUUCAGGUACGGAUUUUCAUGGCAGAGAAGAAUUUUAUUGA